GACCAUGGUGGCCUUCGCCAAGACCACGCUCAUGAUGUUCCUGGUGAGGCUUCCAAUGCUGCUGGCUAUCAUGCCGUUCCCCGUGCUGAGAUCCAUGAUGUCAAAGAUCGUAUCAAAGACCGAGCAGGGAGCGUUGUUUGCGUGCUUGGCGUGCCUGGACAGUGUGAGCAACAGUGUGGCAGUGGUUUUGUUCAGUAGUCUCUACGCUGCCACUGUAACCUGGUACCCUGGAUUCUGCUUCCUGUUGUCUGCUGGACUCUGUGUCAUCCCAUUGGCCCUGCUAGGGGGUGUGAGGCUGCUGGGAGUGGAAGAAGGUAAAGAGGCCAAGGAGGUGGAGGCCCUCAUCCCAGGAGAGGAAGGUCUCGCUGGGGACGAGAACGACAAUCCUCCCCUCACCUGAGACUGGAGGCUGGAGGCCGGAUAGGGAAGACUGGAAA